AUGCAUUCAGGAAAUGUAAACAUAACUGAAUUCCAGCUUGUUGGAUUUAAAAAUCUUCACAACUUUCGAAUCUUUAUUUUUAUUUUCUUUCUCCUCAUAUAUAUUUUCACUUUGUCCGGAAAUCUUCUGAUCGUUUUUCUUGUAGCAACCAGUGCUCGUCUUCAUUCUCCGAUGUACUUCUUUCUAAGCAACCUAUCUGUAUCUGAGAUUGUUUUCACUACAAAUAUUAUUCCCAACAUGUUAGACAACUUACUUUCAGAAGAUACUUCUAUAUCAUUCCCUGGGUGCUUGACUCAAUAUUAUUUCUUCAGUUCUUCAGCCACGACUGAAUGCUUACUACUUGCAAUUAUGUCAUAUGACAGAUAUUUGGCGACAUGCAGGCCCCUACAUUACUUUUCUCUUAUGAAUUUUAAAUUGUGCUGUCAGACUGCCAUGUGUUCUUGGUUAGCCGGUUUAGCAAUAUCAAUGGUUACCCUUAUUUUACUAUGCAAGUCACAUUUUUGUGGUCCAAACAUAAUAGAUAGUUUUUUCUGUGAUCUUUCACCCCUUAUAGAACUUUCCUGUUCAGAUAAAUUCCUGAUAGAAAUUGAAUCAUUUGUAUUUGCAUCCCUAUUGACAUUAUUUCCCUUUCUAUUUAUCAUUACAACUUACAUAAUUAUUAUCUACAAUAUUUUCAAGAUUCCUUCAUCAACUGGUAGAAAGAAGACCUUUUCCACAUGUAGUUCUCAUCUUGUUGUUGUAUCCAUUUAUUAUGGAACUCUUAUUGCUAUGUAUGUAGCGCCAUCUCGAAGGCAAAUAUUCAGUAUUAGCAAAGCACUGUCAUUGCUUUAUACUGUAGUUACUCCGCUGUUUAAUCCAAUUGUGUACAGCCUUAGAAAUAAAGAAAUUCACAUUGCACUGAACACCAUGAUAAAACGUUUUACAAUGCAACCAUUUGCAAAAUAG